CUUUUCCGCACUAGGAAAGAGCCUCCUCCCCACGCUACAUCGCUCCUCCCUGACUAAGAAAAUCUUCCGAGGCAGGCAGCCUUGGAAGCCAACUGACAUCUGGUGGCUGCACAUCUCCGACAGCCGUACAUUCAUCCGCGUAAUGCGACUACGUCGUCCUCUCCAGCUUUUUGCAGAGCCUCACGUGAAUCGCAAUCACUCAUCUUCUGCUUUCAAUCACAAGGAGCAGAGCCUCAGAUCUUCAUAUUCACUGAUCCAACCCUCUUAAUCCAUCCCCAGCUGCCUUACAUCUCUCCGCGCUGCCCCUCCUUCCCCUCAUCGCCAGUCUUACUCCAGUGUCGCGCACAUAACCCGCAGGCUUCGCAACGCCACAAGCCCAUAAUACCAGGCAGUGUCAUCAUCAGAGAGAUCCAUCACGGAUGUCGUCGUUAUACUCGGACUCGGGAGGCGUCCCCGACUCCGCUGAUCAUGGCCCGCAGGAGCAUUCACACGAUGCCUCGUCUGCCAAACUAACCCGUGGCACCAGCUGUGUCCUUUGCCAGCAGCGCAAAGUUCGAUGCGACAAGAACAAGCCUUGUUCAAACUGUGUCAAGGCCGGUGUCGAGUGCCGUGUCGUCCCUCCUGCGCCACCACGCCGGCGCAAGAAGCGCCUACAGGAAAAGGAUCUUGUUGACAGGCUGAAGAAAUAUGAGACUCUUCUGCGCGACAACGGCGUCAAGUUUGAUAGUAUCGACUUUGAUAGUCGCCACGAAGGUGACGUUGACGAGUUGGAGAAUGACUUUGAAGGCCUCAAGACAACACCAGAAGACACCACGAACUCGUCGCCGGCCGCGCGCGACGCAAUCUUCCCGUCGAGAAAAUGGUUUUCAAUGCACAAAGAAUUCCGCGCCAGCGAACGACUUCUCCAUGACUCUGACGAAGAAGAUGCGGUACACUACUCGACCAUCCAUAAGGCUUUCGAUACCAUGUUUGGCGAUCAAGACGUAUUCCCCUUCCUUGUUGGCGGCUUCCAGACCGACAACCUCACCGACGCUCAUCCUCCCACAAUCCACAUCUUCCAGCUGUGGCAGAUCUACAUUGACAACAUCAACCCACUCUUGAAAAUCACACAUAUUCCCACAAUUCAACCGCAGGUCAUUGAGGCCAGCUCGAGCUUGGACCGAGCUCCGAAAAACAUACACGCUCUCAUGUUUGCCAUUUACGUCAUGGCUGUCACCUCCCUCGACGAGGAGGAAACACAAAAGAGAUUCCAAACCCCCAAGCGCGAGCUUCUGGGCCGCUACUUUGCAGCAUUACAACAAUCCCUUGUUAAUGCUGGUUUCAUGCGAGACAGAGAUCUCAUUACGCUGCAGGCAUUCGUUUUGUACCUCUAUGCCAUCAGAUGGUUCAUCGACCCACGUCAGGUAUUCUGUAUGAGUGGUCUGGCCGUGCGUAUGGCACAACAAAUGGGCCUUCAUCGGGAUCCUGAAGGCCACGGUCUUCCUGCUUUUGAGGUCGAACAGCGUCGACGUCUGUGGUGGACAAUCGUCGGCUACGAUCGUCGUCUCGGAGAAAUGACUGGAUCGACCGUAACAGCUCUUUCCAGUGGUUGCGAUACCAAGAUGCCACUCAAUGUCAAUGACUCGGAUCUCCACAUCGAGCGAGAUGAGCCGCCGACAUCCCAUUCUGGGCCUACUGAAAUGAUGUUUGCACUGGCUCGCAUGGAAAUCGCAAUGGCCGUCUCCAGUGACAGUAACAGAGACGCUUUCAACAUGAAUGAGAAACCAGGUCCUCCUCCACCGGGAGGUAGGAAUGGGCCUACUGUCCGUAUUGUUGGUCAAGAAGGUCCAUCAUACACAUUAGAAGGCUUCUGUGCUCAUGUAGAAGGCAAGUACCUGAUACACUGCGACGCGAGAAUUCCGCUUCACUUCUUUACCCAAACAAUGACUCGCCAGAACCUUUGCAAAAUGCGCGUUAUUUCGUACCUGGUUCGUAUCAUGGGCCCUACCGGAGCAAGUAUACUUAACGAUGUCGAACGCGAUAACCUAUUCCUGCAAGCGAUUCAGAUGGUAGAAUAUGACAAUGUCGUUCAGACCUCUGACAGCCUCAAGCCGUUCCGUUGGUACGCUAUGCACUACUUCCCAUUCCCUGCGUACAUGUUUUUGGUACAUGAACUGCGCGCAAAGACAUCCGGUCCAAUGGUAGAUCGAGCUUGGGACGCUGUUGCUCUCAACCACGACUCGCGAGGCCUGCUCAACGACCGUCACAGCCCCAUGCACAUGGCUUUUGGCAUGAUGUUCCUCAAAGCAUGGAGAGCGCGUGUCGCUGCCCCAGUUAACGCAGGUCAGCAGCUGGUGACGCCAGCCUUCAUAACACUGUUGCUAGAGCAUGAAGAAAAGAAGCGCAUGGCGAAAGCUAUGAGCUCUGAUAGUCCUGGUAACGUCAGCCUCGGAUCGAUAGAGCCAGCUCAGCUACCGCAGCCCAACGCCUCGCCAUUCGCAACCCCAGGCUCAAACCCAGACAAUGGGAUGGGACCAAGUCCCAACGGCCCUCCUGGUCCACCUGGAAUGUCAGGCCCUGUGUCAUCAGAAGGCGGCGACAGCGGCGACAUGGACUGGUCGUACAUCAUGUCUGGGAUGCAGAAUGGUUCCAUGUUUUCUGGCCCAAUCGGAGGGACCAUGGGGAUAUCUAUGCCAGGAGGUAUGGGUAUGAGUCCUAUGGGAGGGGGUAUGCCAGGCAUGGGAACGCGAAUGCCUCCAGGUCCUAGCAUUGGGGGGCCGCCAAUGCCGUGGACUGGGCCAUAUAGAGGAUGAGAUAUGAUGAUGCACAAUAAGAAAUUUUCUGUAAUAUAGCUACAAGACUGCUUGUUCAAUUAAUACAAAAGCAAUCUCAUCUCCCCAAGUAUCACUUUCCUUUUAUUACUUU